AUGAUCGCAUCCUAUUGCAACCACUGUCGCCUAGAAUACUCUCCCCCCUCGUGCGGUCUCGGCAACGGAGCAUAUUCGAUGAUCGACUUCGUAAGAGCCUGUGCUGGGCAAGAGAUCAUUAUUCCCGAAGGACAGGUCAUGGUGAUUGACGCCAGCAAAAUAUCGGAAAUAGAACUGCUAGCCUUCUGCUCAAGAGCAAUCUACAUGGAAGUUUGUAUAGUGAUGACCGGGACGGAAUAUAGAAGAUUACAAUGCCCUCACCUCAAACAAGUGAAGCCAUGCAAGUCAGGAAUGCCGAUAUUCACUAUUACACGAAAUCAGUAUCUAACAGCCGUCGAUAUCCCGGACAAAGUUCGCUACCCACAGCACGAAAAGCUUUUCCUUGUGAAAGAGAACGUCAGACUGCCUGUGAAAGUUAUACAGAGGUUGAAGAAGAUGUGCACUCAUUGCGAGAUUGAAGGCUUUUUCUCAAAAUGCAGUGGAUUGGGGCGAAUCACAAACGUUGCCGAAUUCGUGAAACGAUGUAUUGGACAACCGAUCAUUUCUCCAGGACCAAAUGUCGUACUAGAGGUUGAUCUUUCAAAUGUGCCAGAAAAACAGCUAAAUGCGUUAUUCGCGGAAGUUGUCGAAAUGCAAAUGUGUGUCACCAUCAGCGGAUCGUCUGUGAAGAAGCUCUCAUUCCCCAAGCUAACCCGAUGGCUAUCCUGUGCACCAGGAAAGGAUCCGUUGACUCUCACCUACAACUUUGAGCUGAUAUUUGUGGAAUUCCCCAGCUGCGGUCGUCAAUGCAUCCAGUCAGCCACAAUUCGAAGCAAUCCGAAGCUACCAAGGGCAGUAAUUGACAUUAUGGUCGGAUACAUUAGUCGCAGUGUGAUUGAGUACUACGUCCCAUCUUGCGGUCUGGGUAUCGGCGGCUUUACCGAAAUUGACUUCGUUAGGGCUUGUGCAGGAAAACCAUAUAUCAAAGCAGAAGGAAUCCAAAUGGUGAUCGAUGCUAGAGAAGUGUCGGAAAUGGAGAUGAAUGCGUUCUGCUCAAAUGCAGUUUAUAUGGAGGUCUGUAUCGUGAUGACCAUGACAAACUACAGAAGUCUACGAUGUCCGCAUCUCAAAUAUAUAAAAUCAUGCAAGCCUGGAACGCCAGCGUUCACCAUUGUUCAGAACUCGUAUUUGAGUGUUAUUGAAAUCCCGCCAAACGUUCACUACCCUAAAAAUGAGAAGAUCCUGCUUGUGGGCAUGAACCGGAAAAUCCCGUCCGCCAACAUUCAA